AUGGUCCAAUAUUUUUGUUUUGAUGCAGAAAUGAUUUCUUGUUUUAAUGAAUGCACUGAAACUGGCUACUUUGAUGAAUUUCUAACAAAAUAUGACGCUUCUAUAAUAGAACUUGGUGAUCAACUGAAAUAUGUUUAUUUUCCAGCAAGCACUGCCUGUAAACACUAUUGUACGAAUUUCAAGAAAUUUUUCAAUUACUUCCUACACUCACUAUCAGUGGUCAACAACUUUUCUCUAAACAUGAUGCCGGGAUUGAAAAUGAGAAGACUAUUGUUUCUUUUCUAAACGAUUUGAGACAUGCAAUUGAUUCAAAAAACUGGGAUGUUUUUUAUUUCAAAUACCGAGAUGUUGCUGAUUUGAUAAUAAAAAAAGCAAGACAACAAGGAAGAGUGGAUGUUCAAAUUGUUUCUAACAACGGAAAAGUGUUGGCGAAUUUGAAAGACAGGGAUAUUCAUAGUUUCAAAAGAAGAGUAUAAGCAAAAGCACAUGAAUUCGUAAAAUGUUGACUUGUGGGAGAUUGAGAGGAAUCAGAAAAACACUGAAGUUCUAUUUUAUUCUAGCCGAUAAGUCAAACAAGAAAUAAUGGUCCUAUUUUUAAAAAACGCCCACCCAUAAGAGUCAUAAAGCAUCAAAGUGAAUUAGCAAACAUCGACUCUCCUCAAUUACGAACCCCGGAUCGAAUUAAAAACGGAAACACUCCAUCUGCAACAAAUUCAGCGACCUCAUCACAAAAAGAUUAUCUAAAAACUUCCAUUCCUUCUGCGAACGUUACGUCUACUGAAAAGACAGAAUUUGGAUCAGCCAAAAGCAGUGUACCCCGAGUGACCUGCAAUUCAACUAAAUUGGAAACUGCUCAAGCGACUCAUGAAAAUAUUGUAUUGGAUCCUAAGAAGAGCUCUCAAAAUACAUUACGAUCAGAUAGUUAUCCUGAUACCGAAAAGAAGAGAAUCUUGCCAAGGAAUACUUCAAAUUCACAUCACGAAAUCUGUAAUGAUGUAUUAUCACAUCAAGAAAAACACGAAGAAGAAGGAAAUAAUGAGCCAAAAACUGUUAAUGAACCCAUUGAAAAAGUAAACGAGAAAUGGAAUUCAAAUGACACUGAAAAAAUAGAUGAAAUUAUUGAAAAUCUUACGAUUUCGAUUGAUGCAAUGAAAAUGAAUAUAUCACAAGAAAUGGAAAAAAAUAAGGUAAAUAAAUCAGAAAUGAAUAAUUUCGAAAUAGAAAUGAUAUCUUCAAUGAGCGAGUUAAAACAAAAUAUGGACAAUAAAAUGCAAGAAAUGAUGCAACUUAUGAAAAAUUUUGUUCAAUCAGGAAAAUCAGAAAAUAGUAUGAAGACAAAUGCAAUCUCGGAAAACACGAUAAAUGAUGUCCACCAAGAGCAGCCCGAUGACAAACAUUUCAGAAAUUCAACUUCAACAUUUGAAAACGGUGAAACCAGCGAUGAUAUCAGCGCCGUCGAUUUUGAAUUAGUUCAGAACAUUCCACAGCAAGAUCAAUUAAAUAUUACAAAUGAAAACGAUGACGAUUCAGAAUCAAGCAUUUUUUAUUCAAUUGGCAGAACAAAAUCGAUUGUUUAGUUUCGUCUUGAUCAAGUAAGAAAUGACCGUGAAAAUAUGAACCGUGAGGCAGAAAAAGAAAUACAAGAGAGGCUGCGAAGAAUUCGUAAAUAA